UCUGGUUUCGCCGUGCUCUCCUACGACAAGAAUCUCGGCAAUACAAAUAUGACCCAAUUCUAGAAAAGGUUUUCAACGAGAUGGUAGAUUUUUGCAAGAAUGAACUUAUUUGGAAAUUUGCUGUUGAGAGGAAAGGGAAAAAAAGAGUGAACAAAUAUCAUAUUCUAUUGAGAGGUCUGAUCGUAAAAAAAAUUGUGGACCUGACUAAGCUGCAAGGAAAAAUGGAUGUUACAAAGGUAAACUUGCAAAAAGCAAUCAACAAUCGCAAUUCGGAUGAUGAAAAAAUUGACGAAUGUUUGGAGUUACAGGACGAAUUAAAAUAUGCCCACUAUGAAAAUGUCAAGAUGGCGCUGGAUUCAUUGUCGAUAUCAGAGAAUGCAGAAAAACAUCAAGAAGCAAACUUUGAAUGGCUGAAAACCCAAUCGCAAACGGCGGAUGAAACCCUAAAGGGGGUCUAUGAGUGGAUGAAUAAAUGCAAAGAUGCUAUUAAAAAAUGA